CCGCAUGUGGACGGUGGGGGGGACACGCCGGGCUGGGAGUUUUCGAGUUGGUUGUGCUGUACUCGGUGAGGGGACACCCAGAGACCCUUGACCCGGGGUCACUCAGCCGCCUUCCUCCUCCUGUCUGCUUGUAGGACCCGGUGCCGUCUCUUUAUCCAUACUUAAGUGACACAAAAUGCCCUUCAAUGGUGAGAAGCAGUGUGUGGGAGAGGACCAGACAAGCGAUUCAGACUCUUCACGGUUUUCUGAAAGCAUGGCUUCACUCAGUGACUAUGAGUGUUCCAGGCAGAGCUUCACAAGCAGCUCCUCCAGCAAAUCCAGCUCUCCUGCUUCAACAAGCCCUCCCAGGAUUGUAACAUUUGAUGAAGUGAUGGCUGCAGCUAGGAACUUAUCAAACAUGACUCUUGCUCAUGAAAUUGCAGUAAAUGAGAACUUCCAAUUGAAACAAGAUGCCCUCCCAGACAACAGUUUGGCUGGUCGAGUGAAGCACAUUGUUCACCAGGCCUUCUGGGACGUCUUGGAAUCAGAACUAAAUGCUGACCCUCCUGAGUAUGAACAUGCCAUCAAACUGUUUGAAGAAAUAAGAGAGAUUCUCCUCUCUUUUUUGACUCCCUGUGGCAACCGGCUUCGCAACCAGAUCUGUGAAGUUUUGGACACAGACCUCAUCAGGCAGCAGGCUGAGCACAGUGCUGUUGACAUCCAAGGCCUGGCGAACUAUGUCAUCAGCACAAUGGGAAAGCUGUGUGCUCCGGUGAGAGAUAAUGAUAUCAGAGAGUUAAAGGCUACUGGGAACAUCGUGGAGGUGCUAAGAAAUAUAUCAAACUGCAUUAUGAUUGCCUUUGCCUGGCACAUAAGGCAUUCAGGUGCUCUUGAUCAAACUACAGAAUGGAUAAAAGAAUCUGUAAAUGAAGAAUUACUUUCUCUUUCUGAGACUGCUUUAACUCCUGGGGCCGAAAAUAGCUCCAAGCUAAGCCUGAGCCCUACAUUGGUGCUAAAUAACAGUUACUUGAAACUGUUACAGUGGGAUUAUCAGAAAAAAGAAUUACCAGAGACACUUAUGACAGAUGGAGCACGUCUUCAGGAACUGACAGAAAAGCUGAAUCAAUUGAAAAUUAUUGCCUGCCUGUCCCUAAUUACCAACAACAUGGUGGGUGCUAUUACAGAAGGUCUGCCUGAGCUUGCUAACAGGUUAAAAAGGAUUUCAGCUGUUCUACUUGAAGGCAUGAACAAAGAGUAUAAACGAAUUCAGCUAUAUAUGAAAAGCCUACUUUGUCUUCCAAUCCCUCAAAAAUGCAUGCCUCCCAUGCCAGGAGGCCUUGCUGUCAUCCAGCAGGAGCUAGAAGCCAUAGGCUCUCAGUAUGCAAACGUUGUGAAUCUCAACAAACAAGUGUAUGGACCAUUUUAUGCAAAUAUACUUCGAAAGCUGCUCUUCAGGGAGGAACCCAUGGGGAAAGUAGAUGCUACACCUCCUACUAACUAAAGUGGAACCGACACUGGAUAAGAGAUUGGAAAUCCAACACUUUGGUACCCAGUCCAUUUCCAUGGAUGGCAUUAUAGACGUGGCACAUUCUCAGUACUGUCCGUGGUGCAGUGUUAGCCCAAAUCUGUGUAAUCUCGUAAUAUUAGCAUUACAGAAGACACAUUGCAUAGACUAGAACUAGAUCCUAUUUGUGCAUCAUUUUCAAGUUUAAAAUAGAUGUUUGUAAUGAACAGAAAGCAAUUUGUAAUUAAUUAUAUUACCUACAUAAUAUUUGUAAAUGUUUUCUUAAGCAUUUAUAUUUGGCUUAUUCAUUCAAGCCAUACGAAGUUGUUUUUCUUACUUGUCAUUAUCAAAUCUAAGGAUUUUUAAUUUUGGUACAACUUCUUAAAGGGUUGAAAAUUGUGAGAAUAACCAAGGGAACCGAUGUUCUGAAUAAACGAUGUGAAGUAAACGUAAGUUACAUUUUAUUAAUGUGUAAUAGAAACUUACA